CAGUAAUGAGAUAAAGGAUGGAAGAGAUGGAAAAAGGGGAUUUGUAGAGACGCACAGGGUGGAGUUUCAAACAGGUUGUGGUUCAUUGUGUUGGUUGCAGGAUUAAUCAAGAACACAAACAUGAACCAAACUGCAGGAGUAACGAAUCCAUACACAAGAAAGACCACAGUAGCAAACGAUUUAGUGAGCAGUAAUUCUUCACAGAGGAACUGGAAGGGAAUAUUAAUUGCUCUCUUGGUCAUUCUAAUCAUCCUCUCUCUGAUCAUUACUUCUGUCAUUCUGCUUACACCAGGUGAAGAUGACAGUCUGGCCUUGAAGACAAAAGUGACGGUGAAGGACGUCUUUAGCAAAGAUUUCAAAAUUAACGACCCUGAAGCUAAAUGGAUCAGUGAUGAUGAACUCCUGUAUCGAACUCAUGAAGGUGCUGUGGUGAAACUUAAUGUGGAGAAGAAUGAAAGCACAUUUCUGGUGCCCAACAGAAAGUUUGAAAUGUAUAAAGCCAGUAGAUAUGAUGUUUCUCCCGAUAUGAAGAACGUACUACUGGCAUACAACAUACAGCCGAUUUAUCGGCACUCCUUCACUGCAUACUACAUCAUUUGUAGUUUGGAAACUCCGGAAACAUGGAUUCUGAAUCCUCCAGAAGUGCGUAACGCUCGUCUUCAGUAUGCAGGAUGGGGACCACAGGGUCAGCAGCUGAUUUUUAUAUUUGAGAAUAAUAUCUACUACCGAGCCAACGUUGAGAGCCGAACCAUCCGUCUGGUUUCCUCUGGCAAAGAAAGAGUGAUCUUCAAUGGUCUUUCUGACUGGCUGUAUGAGGAGGAGAUUUUUAAGUCCCAUAUCGCCCACUGGUGGUCUCCUGAUGGUGCCCGGCUGGCUUAUGCUACCAUUAACGACACUCUGGUGCCCAAGAUGGAGCUGCUUUUGUUUACUGGAUCAUCAUACCCGCGUGGCAGAACGUAUCACUACCCUAAAGCAGGAGAGGAAAACCCAGUGAUCUCUCUGUAUGUGGUAAACCUAAACGGCCCUCUACACACCAUACAGAUGAGGAGACCAAAUGAUCAGAGAAUUCGAGAGUAUUACAUAACGAUGGUAAAGUGGGUGACGAAUACGAAGCUGGUGGUGAACUGGGUAAACCGAGCACAGAACAUCUCCAUUCUGACCAUGUGUGAGGCCACAACAGGACUCUGUACCAAGAAACAUAUGGAUGAGAGUGAGAACUGGCAUGACAGACAGAAUGAAGCUCCGGUAUUCUCUAAAGAUGGGCUGAAGGUCUUUUUCAUUCGUGCUGUCCCCCAGGGAGGCCAAGGCAAAUUUUUCCACAUCUCCAUGUCUGUAUCACAGCCCAACAGCAGCUCAGAAUCCCUGCAUUUCAUCACAUCAGGAAACUGGGAUGUUACUCAGGUUCUGUCCUACGAUGAGAAAGGCCAAAUAAUAUACUUUUUAAGUACAGAGGAUGAUCCUAAACGACGACAUCUGUACAGUGCAGACACGGUUAGUCCCUUCAACCGGUGCUGCAUCUCCUGUAAUUUUACCGAUAGCUGUGGAUAUGUGAGCAUCUCCUUCAGCCACAACAUCAAGUACCUCUUAUUUACCUGUAAAGGUCCUGGUGUCCCGUUUGUUUCUGUCUACAGAACACAGGACCGACAAAAACUUUUGGAUAUUGAGCUGAACCUGGUCCUCCAGAAAACUGUGAACUCUAUGCAGAUGCCCAGAAUAGAGUACAGAGAGAUGGAGGUUGAGGAUUACACUCUACAUCUGCAGAUCCUGAAACCUGCUGGAUUUAUAGAUACAGUACAGUACCCACUACUGCUGCUCAUUGAUGGGACUCCAGGAGGUCAGUCAGUGUCUGAGCAGUUUCAGGUGGACUGGGCCACUGUAUUAGUCAGCAGUUUUAGUGUGAUUGCUGUAAGGUGUGAUGGACGUGGCAGUGGUUUUCGGGGUGCCAAACUCCUCCAUUCAGUGCAGCACAGACUGGGUCAGCUCGAGGAGGAGGACCAACUGAAGAUUCUUAGCAUUUUAGCAAAUGAGCCGUACAUUGACAACACCAGGAUUGGAGCUUUUGGACAGGUGUAUGGUGGGUACAUCACCAGCCUCCUGCUCAGCUCCAGUCACUCAAUGAUGAAGUGUGGAGCUGUUCUCUCACCCAUCACUGACUUCCAGCUCUACGCAUCAGCUUUUUCAGAACGGUAUCUGAGCCUUGUGAAAACAGACAGAGGAUCAUAUGAGAUGAGCAAUCUUUUCAAUGUGACAUCUCAGUUUGUGGAUAGGAAGUUGUUGAUUAUUCAUCCAACUGCAGAUGAAAAGGUUCAUUUCCAGCACACAGCCAGAUAUAUUUCUAGGUUAAUCAGUGAGAAAAAGAACUAUUCUUUACAGAUCUAUCCAGAUGAAGGUCACUUCCUCCACAGUGAGGCAACAAAGCAGCACCUAAGACAGUCUCUGGUUAACUUUUUUGAAGAGUGCUUCAGAAUACCAGAUGACACAGUUAAGGAAGAUCUUGAAGAGGAUGGUGAAAAUGAGGGUUAA